CAUGGAGGAGGCGACAUUAAGGGAGACCUUGAGGAGGGCAACUCCCUUAGCCCAGUUUUUCCUCCCCUGGCACCUCCUGACCCAGCCGAAUGCCCCCCUUUGGUGAAAUCCCCCUCUGAAGUGCCGGCUAUGACAAGGGUUGGGGCCACGCCCUCCCUCUGCCCACAGGAUGACGGCUGACGGCUUCCUGCAGUCGGCAGGGCGGCUGGGCGCUGUGGUCGGCCCCCUGAUCAUGACGGCCCGCCAGGCUCUGCCCCUGCUGCCCCCCCUCACCUACGGGGUCAUCCUCAUCGUUUCCAGUUUUGUCCUACCCUUCCUCCCGGAGACUCGGGGCCUCCCCCUGCCUGACACCAUCCAGGACCUGGAGAACCAGAGGUCGGCAGCAGCCGGGGGCACCUGGCGAGAGGCGGUCAUUACAGAAAGCACCUGGUUCUAGCAAUCCCGCCGCCACUGGAGUCCCUUUGGUCAAAGAUCCCGUGGAGGGACCCGCCUCACCUCCAACCCGAGGGUGGAAGCCACGCGGGCAGCCUGGAGGGUUCGGUGUGGCCAGGUCAGGUGGCUGUCCGGGCUGUCCCUGCCUGGGUCCGACUCCCCACCUGCCUCAGCCUGGAGGAGCCCCGGGGCUGCCCCAGGUCCACGCCAUUAACAAGACGGCCCCCUCCCUCCCUGCCAGGCUCGCGG